GAGCAAAACACAAAAUCUCGUCAAAUUCUACGAUAGAUCGCAAGCCAUGAAGGUCCUGCUGGUAUCGCUCUGCGUGUUUGCUUUGGCAAACGCUUUCCCCGUCGAUGAGUUCCCCGUGGAAGAGAUUGGCGAGGAACAUGUCCACUCAGACGAGUGGGCCUUGGUUCCGGACGCAAAUGGCCACCUCCAUCUGGUAAACACCGACCCUUACGGACUAGCUGGACUGGAGGAGCCGGAGCCGCACUUCAACGCCGCUACCGAUACCAUCUUCCGGUUGUUCACGCGUAACAAUCGUAACGCAGGACACGUGAUUCAGCUGGGUAACGCCGGAUCGCUGGGUCCCAACUGGAACGCCGGUCGUCAAACGCGAUUCAUUAUCCACGGUUGGAACAACAACGGUGGAUCUCCUGUCAAUACGAACAUUCGAGAUGCAUACCUGGAUCGUGCCGACAUGAACGUGAUCGUGGUCGAUUGGGGCGCAGGUGCACAAAAUCCGAACUAUAUCACGGCCCGAAACCACAUCAACGCCGUCGGUCAGACGGUGGCCAACUUUGUGGACUUCCUGAACCAGAACGGACUUUCAUUUAACAACAUCUACAUCGUGGGACACAGUUUGGGAGGACAUACGGCGGGUAUCGCUGGUAAGCGUGUUACCCGAGGUCGUCUGCACUCAGUAAUCGCUCUUGAUCCGGCUUUGCCCCUGUUCUCGAUCGACGCUCCCAAUGAACGUGUCGCUCCAACGGACGCACAGUACGUCGAGGUCAUCCACACGAACGCCGGACUGCUGGGCUUUGACUUGCCCAUCGGGCAGGCCUCGUUCUACCCGAACGGUGGACGAACUCAGCCCGGAUGUGGCGUAGAUAUUAGCGGUGCUUGCGCACACAGCCGUGCAUGGGAAUUCUUCACGGAAUCGCUGCGAACUAAUCCCAGUCGGUUCAACUCGGUUCGAUGCCAGAACUUUGACCAGAUCCUAAACAACAACUGCGUCUCGAGUGGAGCGAACCGAAACAUGGGAGGCGAACCGUCCAACAUUGGGCUGGCUAGUGGAGUUUACCAUUUGUUGACCAACGGUGCUAGUCCGUUUGCCAGGGGUUAAAUGAACAAUACAUAUUUUUUAUAAGAAA